AUGGCUAACUUGAGUUGGAAUUCCUCCUUCAUGCCGCUCCUCCUCUUCCUCCUUUCCUUGGCCAUCUUCAAUCACCGCCACUUCUAUGGUUUCCAAAGCUUUCUCUUGAGCUUAAGCAACGGCCGUGAGCCUCCCUUCUUCUCACACUUUACUUCCAAUUCACCGCCAGGCCAUGGGGAUCUCCAAGCUUCUCUAAAUGACACCGCUAAGCUUUCUAAAAGAGUCAAAGUGGGGAUUAUAGAAGAAGGUCUGGCAAGGGCUCGCAACGCCAUUCGGCAUGCAGCCAUUGCACGUAAUUAUUCUUCGGAAAAAGUGGAGAAAUUCAUCCCGAGGGGUGCCGUAUAUCGCAAUGCCUAUGCCUUUCAUCAGAGCUACAUUGAGAUGGAGAAGAGAUUCAAGGUGUGGACGUACAAGGAAGGAGAGCCCCCCAUAAUCCAUGAGGGACCAGGUGCCAGCAUCUAUGCCAUUGAAGGCCACUUCAUUAGUGAGAUAGAAGAUGAGAAAAACCCCUUCAGGGCUCACCAUCCUGAUGAAGCCCAUGUGUUCUUCCUCCCCUUCAGCGUGGUGAACAUUGUUCAGUAUGUCUACAAGCCUAACGUUAGUGAUUACUGGAAGCCCCUGAAGAGAUUGAUUGCGGACUACAUAGGCGUCAUCUCAGAGAAGUACCCCUACUGGAACCGAAGCCUUGGAGUUGAUCAUUUCAUGGUGUCUUGUCAUGACUGGGCUCCACACCUUUCAGAUGCCAACCUUCAACUCUAUAGGAACUCAAUCAGAGUAAUUUGCAAUGCUAACACAUCAGAAGGUUUCAAGCUUGGAAAGGAUGUGACACUGCCUGAAGUGCACCUUCCUGAUGGACUGCUUUCGCAACCAGUCAGACAUCGUUCCCUGGCUGAACGAACAAUCCUUGCAUUCUUCUCAGGCGGUUCGCAUGGUUACAUUAGAGAGAUCCUACUACAUCAUUGGAAAGGAAAAGAUCACGAGAUUCUUGCGUAUGAAUACCUGCCAAAAGGUCUAAACUACGCUGAAUUGAUGCGCAAAACCAAGUUUUGCUUGUGUCCAAGUGGGUAUGAGGUUGCAAGCCCGAGAAUUGUGGAGUCCAUAUUUAUGGGAUGUGUCCCUGUGAUCAUCUCUGUGAACUACCCCCCUCCUUUUGGUGAUGUGCUAGAUUGGAGCAAGUUCUCAGUUCAGAUACCAGUGGAGAAAAUACCAGAGAUUAAGACCCUACUCAAAGGGAUUUCAGAGAGAAGGUAUAGGAUAUUGCAGAGCAGGGUGCUGCAGGUGCAACGACACUUUGUACUGAACCGUCCGGCAAAGAGAUUUGAUGUGAUCCACAUGGUGUUGCAUUCCAUUUGGUUGAGGAGGCUGAAUGUGAGGCUUUCCUAUUAA